AGACAACAUUAGUCCAUAUUUUUCAUUCUUCGCCUUCUCCUCAAGUUCCCAAACGAACCAUUACCAUUCCGAGCUUGUAACUUCUGCUAAUUUUCAAUGGCGAUGGAGGAACCGAACACUGUAUAUAUGGAAGUAGAAGAUGAUAACUCAGACGACGAUAAGGACCAGAAUUGGGACGAUUGGGAAAACGGAGACGAAGAAGAUGAAGAGGAGGCUAUGAGCUCAAAAUUACUCUGUUUGUUCUGCGACUCUACUUACGAUUCCAGUAACGCGCUCUUUGAGCACUGCGCAUCCGAACAUCGGUUCCAUUUCAACACUCUCAAGAACACUCUUGCCUUGGAUUUUUAUGGCUGCUUUAAGCUAAUUAAUUAUGUUAGGUCUAAGGUUGCAGGGAACAAAUGCUGGAGUUGUGGCAUUGUAUGUCAGUCAAAGGAAGAUUUACUGAAUCACUUGCACGAAGUUGCUAGUUUGGAUAAUGGCAAGUUUCCUUGGAAUGAUGAUGAAUUUCUGAAGCCUUUCUUGAAUGAGGAUGCACUUUUGUAUAGCUUUGAUGAAGACGAUGAAGGUGAAGAUGAUAUGGACAAUAUGCCUAUUGACAAAGAGGAGUUAAUUAAGGAUCUUGAACAAAUUAGCAUCGAUGAGGAUGAUUUUACUCUCGAAACAGAAGAAAACAAACCUACAGCCUUUAGUCUUAGUGGAGGGAAAUAUACUUCAAUGAUAAAUACUACUCUCAGCAAUGGCAUUGUCUCUGCAGAAGGUGGUGUUUCUUCGUAUAGGAACAACAAUGACCUAGAUUCCAGCUUAUAUAUCGCAAAAGUUGCAGCAAAUAAGAUCAAGGAUGUAAAUAAAAACUAUUUUGGUGGUUAUAGUUCGUAUGGUAUCCACAGGGACAUGAUAAGUGAUAAGGUAAGAACUGAUGCUUAUCGGCAAGCCAUUCUGGAGAAUCCUUCUCUCUUAAAAGGUGCUGUAGUCAUGGAUGUAGGUUGUGGUACUGGCAUAUUGAGUCUCUUUGCAGCCCAAGCAGGUGCGUCAAGGGUGAUUGCAGUUGAAGCAAGUGAAAAGAUGGCAGCUGUGGCAGCUCAGAUUGCUAAAGACAAUAACCUUUUGCGGAUUGGAAGCAAGAAUGAAGGUUCUGAUCAAGGCAAUGGUGUGAUGGAAGUGGUUCAAGGAAUGGUUGAAGAGCUAAAGAGUACCCAGAAAGUUCAGCCACACAGUGUUGAUGUGUUAGUGAGUGAAUGGAUGGGUUAUUGCCUGCUUUAUGAGUCAAUGCUCAGCUCUGUCCUGUAUGCACGUGAUCAAUUUUUGAAACCUGGAGGUGCCGUUCUUCCUGACAUGGCAACAAUGUUUGCUGCUGGGUUUGGAAGAGGCGGUACAAGCAUUCCAUUUUGGGAAAAUGUUUAUGGCUUUAAUAUGUCUUGUAUCGGCGAGGAAAUCGUUAAAGAUGCUUCCAGAAUUCCAAUAGUUGAUGUUGUUGACAGUCGUGAUAUAAUAACCAAUUCAAAAGUUCUCCAGAACUUUGAUCUGGUGACUAUGAAGCUGGAGGAGAUGGAUUUUACAGGAAUGGUUGAACUGGAGCUGAAGGGAGAAACUUCUGCAAACGGGUCUACAGGUUCAAAACCUGUAACAAACUGGUGUUAUGGAGUUGUUGUUUGGUUUGAGACUGGAUUUACAGAAAGAUUCUGUAAAGAAAAGCCAACUAACUUGUCCACAUCUCCCCAUACUAACAGCACUCACUGGUCGCAGACUAUCCUCACUUUCUCAGAACCAAUUGCAAUGGUAUCCCCAGGUACACUAAAUGUUGACAAAAUGGCAGCAGUUGGUUCUGAUGCCUGCCCCGCGGUGAAAAUACAAUGUCGGAUCAGUGUAGUUCGUGCUGCUCAGCAUCGAAGCAUUGACAUUUCCAUGGAGCUAUCAGGAAUCGGACCUUUUGGUAGAAAACGAAAUUGGCCAGCACAAAUGUUUAAUGUAUUGUAAGUUGAUCCAAACCAUUUGACUGCAAACUCAAGCUCCUACCAUACAUUUCUGCUUGCACCUGACAGGAAGGCCUCAGGGCGAGUGAGUGGAUUAUUUUCAUCUCAUUGUUGAUGCAUGAUGAAGAUGUGGAUCAUUCCGAGUUUCUUGGAGUAAGCGCAAACCAUAGAAAUACCCGUCUUGCCUGCCUUUUAUUUUGACACUUGGUUUUGAGCACUUUGUUGGGCUAGCAGUUGUAGAAGAGAGAAUCAACAUAUUCAAACACAUGAGAAAUUUUCUUUGUUGUGGUAAUAUUUUUUUUAAUACAAGUCUUGUUCUAUCCUUACUUCUUCCUGCUAAUUUUCCUCAACAUUAUUCCAAGUACAAUGAUUUCGAGGUCAAAUUUUGCAUCAAUCGAUGAGUAUUUAGUUAACAUUA